UUGAAGCGGAGCUUAGAUUAUAUAAUUUAUAUAAACAUCUUCAAUAUUUAUAUGAAAAGCUACAGAAACAAGCUCAGUAAUACGUAUCCUACGGGCAUAUGUGACAUUUAAAUGAAAACAAAAAUGAUUUUAAAACUAAUGUUCCUCGUAGCGUUUACGUUUUUCACAGCGUUUGGUGAUGGAGAGCUUUCGAUGGAAAAGUUAGAGAUGACUAUCAAAUUGAUAGAGCAUGACAUUAAUGGGAUGAAACGGAAAGUCUGGAUCGAGCUUCCAGAACAAUUGUAUCGUUUGGAAAAGGAGUUAUCGAAUCGAUCAUUCGUCGAAAGUAAUGUGCAUAACGACAGUGCUGGAAAAUGCGAUUCAUCUGUAAAACCCUUACAAAAUAUUGAUAACCUUCAUGACAGGUUGACAAAAGCGUUUGAAGCUGAAAAAGUCAGAGCAAAAAUUACUGAAAUAAAACUUGAACAAUUGGAAAGUACUCUGAAUAAGUAUUUAGAAAAUGUGGAGAGAAUCAACGCAAACAAUUUGAAAAUCAGGGUGCUAAAAGAGGAAAUUUCUAAAAUAGUACAAUCGGAUACGAACCGAUGGCAAAUUAUCCAAACCUUGCAGCUCCAAUUAAAAAAAAACUCAUGACGAAGUCAUGUCAUUCGAUGCAUGGAAAGGAAACCAACUGGAUUCAAAUGAGAACUUAACAAAGCUGAUCGGAGAUCUAUCUAACACACUUGUUGCAGUCAAGAGUUCUGUAGAACAACUGGAUCGUAUGAACUUUAAACAGUCAUACGAGCCAUCUUUCGUCAGUAAGUGGUAUUUGAUGAAAGCGCUAGACGAACAGCUCUCACAUUUGACUAUUGAGCAUGGAUUAGGGGUUUUACCAUAUAAAGUUGAGGUUCAAAUUCGUCCUGUUUCAGGCCCCAAUUCCGGCUGGGUUUUUAAAGGUGACAGUGCAUUCCGUAGUGAUGACGACGUGAAUAAGGUUUAUGGAGGAAUAGUGUAUUUCUACAACGAAAAGAAAGUGGAAUUACUUGAGCCAGUGAAAGGUAAUCAAAAUCGAGACGUAGGUGUUAUCAUCAACACUGGACAGGAAGAUGGAAGACGGUUGGGAAAUAACCACGACGCUGUGAAUGAGGCGUUUGUUCGUGUAAAGGUUUGGGCUCCGUGGGAUCUUCCUACACCGGACUUUCAAUCACAAUGGCUACCAUUGGAUAUAACAGAUCCAGCAGAGACAUACCAAGAAAUUGAACACUCGUUAGGCGGGUAUCCUGCAUUACUGUCUAUCCAGAUUAAGUGCGAGUCCCCGAAGAGCUACCUUAUAUCCGACGGAACGGGAGAAGCGACUGUUCAUACUAGGGAAUGGGAUGCCAGUGGUGGUACAGUAUGGUCAUACAACGAGAAAUACGUGAGGGUUUGGAUCGGGCAUGAUUUAAAAAUAAAUUACGACUAUAGGUUGUUUGGUGACGUAGAUGGGUGGUUCAAAAUAUUGGAUGGAUUUGACACAAAGCGCGGACAUGUUCGAGUACUGGCAUGGAAAAGAACAACAUUUGGCAAUGGACAAUUUGCAUCUGUUUCAGACGAAGCUGUUCCGUUUCCUACCGAGUUGCAACCAUUCAAAGCUAUUGACUAUGAACGCGAUUUAGUUUCGUUAUUUGUGGAAGCUAACGAAGGUCCGAAUAAGGGGUUUCGAUUUCCGGCAUUUGGAAGUUCACAAGCUCAGACCUCUUCACUUGGCGGCGUCGUGUUCGCCUAUAAACAGACUGGAGAGCUCAGACUGUGGCGACCUAACCCAAAUAUGGAUGGAUUCCUCGUCUUCGUUCCACCUCCCUAUGGGAACGGCGUGCACAGCCAAGCCACGAACAAUGCAUCGUAUGUUGCUGUUUUGCUGAAAGGAUGAAAGCCGAGAUGUAAAAUAUCAAAACAGCUGUAACACUUUCCUAACGUCAUAUUAAUUUCUAAAUCAUUCAAUUGACCACACAUUCAGAUAAAUUAUAUGUGACGGAAAAAGAUUGAAUAUGCUUUUCUGAUUCUAAACGUUAAAUAUACAUGUUUUGACUUAUUGUUGUGUUAGCUUAAAAAAGCAAUGGCAAAUAAAAUUGUCCUCAUAUUCAUGAAUUUUAUGUUGAAGUUGAUACAUGUAUGUAUAAACUUGCUUUAAUCUGUAUGCAUGCAACUGUAUUUAUCUUUAGAUGGGAGUAUCUAUUUAGAAACAAUGUAAUAAAAAUUGCCAAAUGCAUCCGGCAUUCU